CUAUCCAGCUCUUCAUUGCUGCUCUUGAGUGAGGGAUAGCUGAAGGAUUGAUGGUUAUGGUUUUAUUGAUCACCUUACAUGGGACUGUCAGAUGCACGUCUUAAAGUAAACAACACGCUUCCUGUUGGGUCAAAACUAGUUCUUCGUAUUGAUGCAACAAACCCAUUUUAUUUUAAAGCCCAUUUGGACAGCAUUGUGGAUGUUGGCUUGUUGCCUGUAGUUUAAUGGAAGUACAGUAAGAGCGUAUUACUUGACUUAUUCCACUGUCUCCUCUAUAUCCAGCCUGGUGCUUCUGUUUGGCUCAGUGUAAAGGUAAUUAUCUGAUUAUUUCUGCAGAGAGCUGCCAGCCACUGCGCUGCUUUUCCACAGCCCAUAGAGAUAAGUUAGCGUUGGCCCAGUGUGCAAGCCCAGCAGAUUGGACUGGACUGCGCCGCUGGAGAAUGACCAGGGACCUGCAGCUGCACCAGGACCACCACUGCGGGACGGGUCUGAGCGGCACAGUGGAGGGACAUCUGAGGGAAGGUUGAAAAUGUUUACUCCUCUGAUUGUGGGCUGGGCUGUAGCUCUGUGCUGUCCUCAUUUGGCUGCUGCCUCUGUCACACACAGAUUUCCAUUGAGUCGAUGGUCUCCACGGAAAUGCAAGAUCUUCAUCCCACCUCCUGCUCCUCCUCCAAUGUUCCCCUCCAUCAAACGAAAACAAGAGCUACUGGUUGACAUAACCGAACACAUCACUGGGGCAAAAGGUGAAAAGGGCUGCAGGGGUGUCCGAGGGCCCAAGGGAGACCCAGGUGUUCCAGGCCCAGAAGGAGAGCAAGGACCACAGGGGCCUAUGGGAAAAAUGGGUCCUAAGGGAGACAAAGGGGAGAGGGGAUGGAGAGGCCUCUAUGGGGACAUAGGGACCCCUGGUAUGAUAAAGGGCACUAAGGGACGCAAGGGAUUUAAGGGUGACAUGGGACCCAAAGGCCACACAGGUCCAGCUGGAGAAAAGGGGAUCAGAGGAAUCCCUGGAAAGCCUGGAUCAAAGGGAGACCCAGGCCUGAAAGGAGAUCCGGGCCACAGAGGAGAGCAGGGACUCAUGGGAGCAACUGGUAACAGAGGAGCAGUGGGGCCUAAAGGAUCUCGUGGGCUGUUAGGAAAGCCAGGGCAUGUUGGUCCAGCCGGACUUCAUGGUCUGCCGGGGGUCUCUGGAAGCCCAGGACAAGUGCAUGUGCUGCCAGGACGUCAGGGAGAUCCAGGGGAUCCAGGGACUGCAGCCCAAUGUAACUGCUCCAAUGACCAGCCCCUCAGAGAGAACAACAGAGUGUACAAUAUUUUUGUGGCUGACGGAGAGAAGCAGAUGAGGGGGCUGCGGUCAGAGAAUGUGAUGGUGCUAAGGACAGACAGAAAGUCACUUUACAUUUACAGCAACUCACAGUGGAUCAAUGUUUUGGAGGACACAAGAAACUGAAGUCAGCCAACCAGGAAAACAGCAGUCCUUCCCCAUUACCCACUUAAGUGCCUUUUAGCAAGACACUUUUCACAACCUCUGCACUGAGAGAGACAACAAUUAUGUCACCAAAAUCUGUCCCUUUAAUUGAUGCACUAAGUAGAUCACACUGUAAUAGUUGCGCAUUGGGCAUGAUUCCUGUGCCACAAAUGAUUUGUGCAUGUUUCAGAGACCACAGAUACUGUACUAGUGUUACUGAUCGUCACAGGAACUGUAACGCCAAAACCCAAACCAUGUGAACCAUGUUGCUGCAGGCACCCUGCUGCAGUGAAUCAAUCAAAAUAAACUCUCACACAAACGUCCAACACCUGAAA